CUUUCUUUAUCUAAGUUGAUUUCCUAUUUUUCUCUUGCUUUGUAAAACUAAUAGAAGAAAAUGAGUCACUACCCACAACAACCACCUGUGGGUACUUCCCCUCCUCAAGGUUAUCCGACACAAGGAUACAAUGCAAAUGAUGCUUAUCCUCGACCUGGUUAUCCUCAAAGCUAUCCUCCUCAAAUUCCUCCUCCAGUCCCACCUCAACCUCAAGUAAUUUACUGUCAGUCUCCGCCGCCGCCACCACAGAAAAAUUCACAGCUUGGCUUCCUGGAGGGCUGUUUUGCUGGUUUGUUUUGUUGCUGCUGUCUGGAGUUCUGUUGUGGCUAAGCAAAGAAUGCUUGUAUUUGUAGUAUUAUUAUUGAAUCCCAAAUUAUAUAGGCAGGAUUAAAAUUCAUGUGAUAAUAUAAUGUUUGACCGUGC